AUGGCACCAAUCGCUGCUACCAUUUCUCCAAGUGAAAAUGAGUUCAAAAGCGUUAUUGACUUCAAAUCACUUAACAAGGAAGCAAAUGUCCCAAAAGAAUUCAUUUGGUCAUCUGGCGAUUUGGUUGAAACCAGCCAAGGAGAUCUUGAUGUACCAAUCAUUGACUUAGGAGUUAUAUCCAAUGGGGAUGCUGCUGCUUUGGAAGCUGUUGCAAAGGUUGUGAGAGAGGCAUGCAUGAAGCAUGGCUUUUUCCAAGUCACCAAUCAUGGAGUUGAUCAAAAACUGAUAGAUGCUACUAAUCAAGAAUUUGUGUCCCUUUUUGAACUUCCUUUGAAUAGGAAGGCUAAUGCAUAUAAGGCUCCAUGGGGUUACUCAUGUGCUCAUGCAUCUAGGUACUCUGCUAGUUUGCCUUGGAAAGAGACAUUUACUUUCCAAUACAAACACUAUGAUCAAUCUGAGACACAGAUUGUUGAUUUCUUCACUUCUGUUUUAGGUGAUGACCACCAACAUGCUGGGUUGGUUCUCCAAAACUAUUGUGAUGCCAUGAAGAAACUAUCUGAAGUCAUUAUGGAGUUAUUGGCCAUUAGUUUGGGUGUGGAUCGAUUGUUUUACAAGAAGUUCUUUGAAGAUGCUGAAACAAUGAUGAGGUGCAACUCUUAUCCACCUUGCAGUGGCAUCCAAGCUGGAACCCUUGGCACUGGUCCUCAUUGUGAUCCCACCUCAAUCACCAUUCUUUUUCAAAAUCUUGAAGGUCUAGAAGUUUUUGUCGAUGACAAAUGGCUCGGUGUUCGUCCUCAACCUAAUACCUUUGUCAUUAACAUAGGUGACACUUUUAAGGCGUUGACUAAUGGAGUAUACAAGAGUUGUCUCCAUAGGGUAUUGGCUAACAAGGAGAAGGACAGAAAGACUCUGGCUUUCUUUAUAAAUCCCAAAUCAGACAAAAUUGUGAGAGCACCAGACAACAUCUUGGGAGGACAAGAGCCAAGGAAGUAUCCUGAUUUCACAUGGUCACAACUUUUCGAGUUUACACAAAAAAAGCAUCGAGCUGAUCCCAACACUCUUCCAGAUUUCGUUGCUGAGAUUAAUUCCAACAAAUCAAACAUCUAG